AUGAAUUCCUAAGUAAGCACCCUCCGAAUUCAAUCUCAUACAAUAAAAGAAAAGUAUUUAUCAUAUUAGAAUUAAAUAGAUCGCAUUCUAUAAGGGAUCAGUUUGCUUUUCAAAAGAAUGUCCAAGUUUAAUAAGUUAUCUACAUUUAGCCUAUUGAAAUAUAUAACAUCCUCAAUAACUAGAGUUGUUGA